CCGCCCUGUUGAAUUACAUGGUGAGUCACGUCUCAACAUUUAUACAGAUCUCUUCUCCUUCCAGCAUCGGAUACGGCAAGAAGUUAUAUACCGAACUUUGAAACUUUUCGGAAACGAGCUAUAUCUUCUUGAGCGACUCGGAUUGUUAUUCAUAAUCAGGGAGUGCGUGUGUAAUUGUGUAGAUUCCGUAAACGCACGCUUACCAGGAUCUUGUUCAGGCGGCGGCCAUUUUGGAAACACGGUGAGUUCAGCUUACGAUUACAAAUCUAUCAUAAAAGGUCUCUGUUGGUGAGCAAGAACACAAAUAAUACAUAAUUUGACACGCUGUUGAGACCAACUACAAAGAAACAAUGGCUGACGAACGACACCGUUUAACUUACAUGGCGAAAUUGGCGGAACAAGUAGAACGAUACAAUGAUAUGGCUCAGUUCACGAAAACUCUUGUCACGAUGUUGCCUCUGGAUUUCCCCGACAGUUCCGAGGAAUAUAGAGCAGCCAAGGCGAACGGGACGUCUACAAGUAUUUUACUUGAUGACGAAAGAAAUCAGUUGUCGGUUGCGUGCAAGAACAAGGUAGGGGCACUUCGAACUUCCUGGAGGGUCUUGGUGUCAUGGUUAGAAACACUGCUAAGUAAACUCGAUCAUGAACAGAACGCGAGUUCAGACGAACUGACAAUCUCGAAAAAAAUUGAAAUCUGUCGGGCAUACGCGAAGGAAGUGGAACAAGAACUAAAUGAAAUCUGUGAUGAGGUAAUAGAAUUGUUAGAUAAUUAUCUCAUUAAGAACGCUCACGCGGGAGGUGCUGAAUCCAGGGUCUUCUACCUGAAAAUGAAGGGAGACUACUUUCGCUACAAAGUUGAAGUGGCUAGUGCAGAAACCCGUAAAGAACUGUCAGAUAAGUCAGAGGAGGCUUAUAAAAAAGCAUGGGAAACAGCAACUUCUGAACUCAAGGCCACACAUCCAAUCAGGCUUGGAUUGGCGUUGAACUUCUCAGUAUUUCACUAUGAAAUUAGAGGUGAACCACCAAUGGCACAACAAUUGGCGAAAGAUGCUUUUGAAAAAGGCAUCCAAGACAUGGGAGACGAUGAGCAGUCCAAUACGUACAAGGACAGCAAGCUCAUCCUGCAACUGCUUAGAGAUAACCUAACACUGUGGGCGAGUGAAAAUCAGGAGCAAAGUCAGGAGCAGUGCGAGUUGCAAAAUGAAGAGCAAUAUGAGAACUGAUGAAAUAUAGGAUGUCACUUGAUGUAUCUUUACACUUGUUAAUUUGAUAAUUUUGUCAAGGAAAAAAAGAGAUAAAAACCACACGAAAAAAAUGGACAAUGUUACUUCUAUUUAUAAUAUUGAUAACAGGACACAGACUUUUAGAAAUCAAUGAAAUUAUGGACUGAUAUGAACAUUAUGAUAUUUGAGUGUAUGAUUUAUGCAAUUGUGUAUCAAAAUAGUUGUUUGUUUCUAACAGGGCAUAAGUCUUGACAAUAUCAUCCAAAAACUUCAGAAAAACAAAUACAAACAUUUGAACUGCAUUGUACAACUGUUGCAUGAAACGCCUGAAAUGGGCAGGUACUGUUUCAUUUGCCAAUAUGUGUAUACACAACUUUUGUGCUGGUAUAAGGCUUCUGAUGACCUGGUGAUAACAAUUUUUUUAAGUGCUUGGACCAAAAGAAUGAAGAGAAUUUUGUGUUUGGUUUUUUUUUAUCCAAUCUUGUAUAUAGCUCAAAAUUGUUAAGCAUUAGGGAGCUAAGGAAAUUGAGUGCUUUAAUAAAAAAAGACAAUAAUUCAACUUUGAUUGUACAUGUUUGUGUGAAUGUACAUGAUGUUAAAUAACGCAAAUUAUUGAAAAUAGUGGAAUUAAGUUGAUAUGUUUAUGAAUUUUCACUUUUCACAGGAAAAUAAUCGGACUUGAAAUUGAAGAAUGCUGUUUGUUUCCUGUUAACUCUACCGGCUCAAAUUUUUCAUACCAAUCCUAACUUUUCAUUGCAGUUUGAAUGGAACCAGUGUUCGAGUCGCGAUCAUCAUCUAUAAGACCCUUAACUAUUUUGAAAAAUAAAAUUGUUUACUAAUCUAACUUAAAUUUUUUACGAAUACAGAAUAAAACAGUAAACAAACACAUUUUUUGUUUAGCCUAACAAAUGAAUUAUUAAUUGUCAGGUGUAAAAAUUCAAAAUACUAAUCGGGUAUAUAAGUCCAGAUAGCUUUAACACAACAUGGAUAUCCGUCAUGAGCUGAAACAUUUCAGCAAAUAUAGGUAACUUUUUAAUUUAUUAUUAGGAUCAGUUCAUUUCUUAUAUAAUGUAGUGAAUAUCCUUGAGUAAAGUUUAAAUAUCAGCAUGACUUUCAUAUGUCUUGAUUGUACCUAAUUAAUUUAGGUCAAAGUUUGAAUGCAUAUAUAAUUGUGAUAACCAUAUUUACAUGUGACAAUGUGUGGUGAUUUGUGUUUCUUUUUGUUGUUCAUGUAAAUGCCCUACUUAGAUUAAAAACUGUUUUAUUAUACUAAUAUUUUUUCAUUAUAUGGACCAAUAUAACUGAUUAAUGACAUUGCGGAAAAGAAAGGCUUUUUCAACAUACACAAUUACUUGAUAUGGAUAAAUGUUUCAGCAAUAUGCAUGUUAAAGUAAUAGUGAAGAAAAGAUAGUAGUACUAUAUUAGUUGAAAUGUUUUGUUUAACAUGUUGUGGUGCCCAUCACCAUGCUAGAGAUACUACAAGUAUAUUAUACAUUUAUCAUUAUUAUUGUAUCAAUUUUUUUUUUGUCAUUAAAUUUGAGAAAUCUGUUGAAGUCUCUGUAGAUUG